AAUAAUUGUAUUUCAUUUUCUAAAGCCACAGAACUUACUAAACAAUGUUCCAGAAGUAUAUUUUUUGCUCCAGGUGCAUACAGACACACCAACAUGCAGAUAAUGAGCAGUGGUUUGAGAGAGUGCCUUGUCACAUAAAAAAAACAAAUAUUGUGUGCUCAGACAUACACAGUGUACUUAAUCACCUUCACAACUAAGGGCUGCUUUUUCCUCUUCUUCAUCAAGGAAACAUGAGCUGGGCAGGGAGGAAAAGAGGAAAGCCCAACAGAGGAGGAGGGCGAGGGAGAGGAGGCGGUGGAAGACGAGGAGGCAGCAGUGGCAGUUCAAACAAGUCUCAACUUGGUGGAAAUAGGAAAUGUUCAACCAAAAUCUGGGAUGAUGGAGAUGAUUUUUGUCUCUUUGAGGAACCAAGGCUAGAAUCCAGAUCAAGUGCCCCUGCUGGAAGAGGAGGGCAAAUGAAGCAGAGACCUGAAGCAAGAAUGCCUCUGCAGACCAUACACAUGACAUCAGAGAACCAGAGAAGAGUGAAAGAACUUCUUCAAGAGCUGCAAGGACAGGAGCUGGCUCCUGAAUCGGAUGUAGCUGGAGAAGAUGAAGAUGAGCCUGAUUACCUCGAUGAUGAACAGUGCUGGUCAACAGAACAGGAAGCUUCUGAUGUAAUGCCCAAGUUGUCUGCUGAGCCAGCCAAGCACAGAAUUGUGGACAGUGAAGUGUCUUCAUUUGCUGUGCACAAACUCUCCAGGUAUGGUUUUGACUGUGAGCGUUGUAGGGCAGUGCUGAGAUCCUGCAAUGGUAAUAUUGGGGCAUCGCUGGAGUAUUUGCUAUCGCAGUGCUUCUCUGAAAGGUAUGGAGAGAAGAUGCAGGUUUCUGCAGCAGCUGCUGAAGCCAGUCAAGAGGAAUGUUUAGAGCAGAGACAAGAGGAAGCUUUUGCCCUCCGGUCAAUUUAUGGAGAAAAAUUUGUAGAAAGGAUUAAAAAUCGUGUUUGGACUUUGAAUUUGGAGUUGGACUACCUAGCCCACAGGCUCAGGAAAUCUAAACAAAACAGUACAAGGGGCGCAGCAAAAGAGACUUCCAAGGAAAUAUGUAAGUUUUACUGCCAAGGAGGCUGCAGGUUUGGUUCAAAAUGCAGAUUUAGACAUGAAUUCCCUCCAAACCAUCCACUAAACACAUCCAAGAACUCUGUAGACGAUGCUCAUCUCAGACAUAAUGAUGGUCCCAUAUAUGAACUUGAAGUAAGAUUUCCUGAUGAGAACAAGUAUCCUCUUCAGGCACCUCUUGUUGCAUUUUACUCCACUGACGAGAAUCUGCCUCUUGCUUGUCGUUUGCACAUUGCUGAAUUCCUCUUUGGAAAAGCCUUGGCAGCUGCAGAGUCUCAUGAGCCAAUGGUGUACACCUUGGUGACUUGCUUAGAAGAUGAACAAGAGAUCAGGGAGUUACUGAACAAUACUCAGCACAAGUUCAGUGUUCCUCCCGUGUCCCUGCUGGCAUCACCUCCUCUAAAGUCACAGACAGAGCGUGCACCUGCUUCAAAUCAACAAGCUGAAGCCUCAACAGUGUCAGAUCCUCAGGAAGAAGAGGUGGUGGCAGAAGAGGAGGAGGAGGAGGAAGAAGAGCCUGGAGAAGUUGUUGUGGAGAAUGAGAGUUAUGUGAACUUGAAGAAGAAGCUUUCCAAAAGAUAUGAUGUGCAGGCAAAGUCUCUGUAUAACGAAAAUGUUAAAAUCUGCGCGCGGUUUCAGCAGAAGAAGUCUUCCAGGCACUUUCAGUCCAUGCUGUAUGAACGACAGAAGCUCCCUGCAUGGCAAGAGAGAGAAAACAUUCUGGGUUUGCUUGAGAGUCACCAAGUUCUUGUUGUGAGUGGCAUGACAGGAUGUGGGAAAACCACUCAGAUUCCUCAGUUUAUCUUGGAUGCUUCAUUGGAAGGCUCUCCAGGCAGAGUUGCAAACAUCAUCUGCACUCAGCCUCGCAGGAUCUCUGCCAUUUCUGUGGCUGAACGUGUAGCCAAGGAAAGAGCAGAAAGGAUUGGACUCACUGUUGGAUAUCAGAUCCGUCUGGAAAGUGUAAAGUCCUCAGCUACCAGGCUUUUGUACUGCACGACUGGUGUGCUGUUGAGAAGGCUGGAAGGAGAUCUCACUUUGCAGGGAGUCACUCAUGUUAUUGUUGAUGAAGUUCACGAAAGAACAGAAGAAAGUGACUUCCUGCUGCUGGUUUUGAAGGAUAUAAUGGUCCAGAGGCCAGACCUGCGCAUUAUACUGAUGAGUGCCACCCUGAAUGCUGAGCUUUUCUCUCAGUACUUCCACUCCUGUCCAGUCAUUAACAUACCAGGUCGAACAUUUCCUGUGGACCAGUUUUUUCUGGAAGAUGUGAUUGCAAUGACAAGGUAUGUUUUAGAGGUCAGCAGUCCCUACAGGAGGAAGGUAAAGCAAGAACAGAACGAGAGAAAAAAAAGAACUGCGUUUGAAGAAGUGGAGGAAGACCUGAGGCGUGCUGGCCUUCUGGAAACCACUGACACUGUGGUCAGGGAUUCAGACCCAGACCAGAAAUUAACUCUGAAGCAGCUCCUAAUACGAUAUAAAGGGGUUAGCAAGGCAGUGUUGAAAACAAUGUCUGUCAUGGACUUGGACAAAGUUAAUCUGGAAUUAAUUGAAGCCUUGCUGGAAUGGAUAGUUGCUGGCAGACAUUCAUACCCCCCAGGUGCGGUGUUGAUAUUUUUGCCUGGCCUAGCAGAAAUCAAGAUGCUUUAUGAGCAGCUUCAGACUAAUGCUCUUUUUAAUAACAGGCACAGCAAGAGGUGUGUGGUUUAUCCACUUCAUUCCUCACUGUCCAGUGAAGAGCAGCAGUCUGUGUUCCUCAGGCCUCCUGCAGGAGUUACCAAAAUUAUCAUCUCUACCAACAUUGCAGAGACAUCUGUCACCAUCGAUGAUGUUGUCUACGUGAUUGACUCUGGAAAAAUGAAAGAGAAAAGAUACGACCCAGGCAAAGGAAUGGAAAGUCUGGAGGACACCUUUGUGUCCAAGGCCAAUGCUCUGCAGAGGAAAGGGCGGGCAGGACGUGUGGCCUCAGGCGUCUGCUUCCAUCUCUUCAGCAGCCACCACUACAACCAUCAGCUUGUAAAACAGCAGCUGCCAGAAAUACAGAGAGUGCCCUUGGAGCAGCUUUGUCUAAGAAUCAAGAUCCUGGAGAUGUUUUCUGAGCAGAGUCUUCACUCUGUCUUAUCACGACUGAUCGAGCCUCCUAGGACAGAGUCUUUGCAGGCAUCAAAGGUGCGGCUGCGGGACCUGGGGGCGUUAACUCCUGAUGAAAAGCUCACCCCUUUGGGAUACCACUUGGCUUCGCUGCCUGUGGAUGUCAGGAUUGGCAAACUCAUGCUGUUUGGCACCAUCUUCCGCUGCCUGGAUCCUGCACUGACCAUAGCAGCCAGCUUGGCCUUUAAGUCACCUUUUGUGUCACCAUGGGAUAAAAGGGAAGAAGCAAACAAAAAGAAGCUGGAGUUUGCAGUAGGAAACAGUGACUACCUGGCUCUUCUCCAGGCCUAUAAGGGAUGGCGCUUAAGUAUGAAAGAGGGCUCUCAAGCAAGCUACAACUACUGCAGGGAGAACUUUCUGUCAGGAAGAGUUCUUCAGGAAAUUGCCAGUCUGAAGAGGCAGUUUGCAGAGCUGCUUUCUGACAUUGGCUUUGUGAAGGAGGGACUGAGAGCCAGGGAUAUUGAGAAGAAGUGGUCCCAAGGAGGUGAUGGUGUGUUGGAUGCCACAGGGGAGGAGGCAAAUUCAAAUGCAGAGAACAUCAAGCUGAUCUCAGCUGUGUUGUGUGCUGCACUGUAUCCCAAUGUAGUCCAGGUGAAAAAGCCAGAGGGUAAAUACCAAAAGACCAGUACAGGAGCAGUCAAAAUGCAACCAAAAGCAGAAGAGCUGAAGUUUGUUACUAAAAAUGAUGGUUAUGUUCAUAUUCACCCUUCAUCUGUGAAUUACCAGACCAGGCACUUUGAGAGCCCGUACCUGGUGUACCACGAGAAGAUGAAGACGAGCCGUGUGUUCAUCCGGGAUUGCAGCAUGGUGUCCGUGUACCCGCUGGUGCUGCUCGGGGGCGGCCAGGUGCACAUCCAGCUGCUCAAGGGGGACUUUGUCAUUUCCCUGGAUGACGGCUGGAUACGCUUCGUGGCUGCUUCUCACCAGGUGGCUGAGCUGGUGAAGGAGCUGCGCUGCGAGCUGGACCAGCUGCUGCAGGAUAAAAUCAAGAAUCCCAGCAUGGAUUUGUGCGUGUGCCCCCGUGGCUCUCGGAUCAUUGGGAUGAUCGUCAAGCUUGUGACCACACAGUGACAUCAGAAGAGCUUUCUGUAAAGAAUCACCCAUGGCCACUGUCUGAGGACAGACCAAGUAACAUCAGUGUCCCGAUGUAUUUAUUGGUUCAAAACAUGGCACUGACCUCUGGAAGACUGGCAACUGUACUGUUGAGUUUUGGGGUUUUUUUUAAAUUGGGUUUGCUUGCUCGUUGAAAUUAAGGUGGCUUACAGUAGACUCUGGGAACUGGGAAAAUGGCAACAACUCUUCCAGAAGGAGUAGAAACUUCAGUGUUUUUUUAUGGGGCUGCAGCCUGGCAGUCAUGGUUUCUGGUCACACAAACACCAGGUAGCCAGCUGUUUCUUGUAAUAGUCAGGGCUGGAGGCAUCAUGUGACAUGGGGAGCUGCUCCCAAAUUGGUUUAAACUCACUUCCGUAUUUUGACCAAGAUUUUAACUGAGGCAGUUUUGGCAGACCAGGAAUCUUCUGUUUAUGGUUCAACCCAAAGCCCUUGUGCAAGUGACCAAGAGGUUAAUUUUGAUUUAUGUGAAGAGGUUCUGAAAUUCAGAUGAUGUCCUCUGGUGAGGAGAUAUACCGGACCAGUCAGUGUGAUGUUGGAUCAAUGCAGGUUGCUCUGGUGACAAGGUGAAACUCCAGGACAGUGUGGGCAUUCUCCCUGAAAGAGAGGCUGUUCCAGCCCUUCCUGCAGUGGGAAGAAGUGAAACAGCUAAGAUUGGACUGCUGUAGUGCAUUAAAUGUGUUCUGGUAUGGGGUAGUCCUCCUGCCACCCUGCACAGCUGGAACUAAGUCCCACUUUUUGGUAGCUUUGAGCCAAACUCCAGCUCUGGGGACUGGGCUGCUCCAGUGUGGUAAAAUGCUGUAGCAAUAAUGAACUAUUAUUUCCUCCCUUUGGCCUUGUUUAAUUGCAGUGCUGAGCAUUGCUGCAGCCAAGCUGCUCCAAUACCAAGUGCCUGAAGGGGCAGGACUGGGCUGUCACCUUUCACAGUAAAAGCAGAGGGAGCACUGCCUCCAGCACCAGUCUGAUCUACCCCCUUCAGCCUGAGUGGAGGCAGGGAAGGACGUUGUUUGGAGCACAGAUUUUUUUUUUUUUUUUUUUAAAUACAAAUGAAUGGUUUGUGGCAGUUUCAUACCGACACAUCCCCCUGGGGAGA